UUAUUACAUAAAGGAUAACAUUUUUCUACAGUUACAGUUAGACAAGUUUUUUCUUUUUUUUGGUCCUUUACAAGAGAAAAUAUUUCUUUUGGUAUUCCGAGACGAAUUUUUGUGUUGUCAAAAGAAUAUUGUACCAGUAUUAUGGCUUUGCUCGUAUUCAUUUUUGUUUGGUGCAUGGUAAUCGGAAUUUGGUCAUGCAUGACUGCAAACUAUCUGCUAUCUCAAAGGAAUCAGCAGUGUUCAAAUGUCUAUGGCGAACGGUAAAACUAUUUGCUGCAGAAGCUAUGAAACAGGGCGGAGUCGUCACGUGUAUAUUCGGAAUGAGGGUGUACUAUCUAAUCACAGACCCGGAAGAUGCUCUCACAGCCGCAAACGCAUGUCUACAGAAACAUUUCGCUUACGAUUAUGCCAAACCUUGGCUCGGAGAGGGACUGAUAACAUCCUCAGGUGAGGUAUGGAAGCGUCACCGAAAGUUGCUGACUCCUGCAUUCAGUCUGCCGGUGAUGCUGAACUUUCUCGAAGUCUUCAACAGCCAAUCCCGAAAAUUGGUGGACAAAAUAAAAGUUGAAAUUGGAAAAGGACGCUUUGACCAUAUCGAGUAUUUGAGAAAUAAUGCUUUGGAGACAUUUUGCUUAACUGCUUUUGGUAUAACUGGUUUCGAAGACAAGCAUUUCAUCCAGAAAUAUAUGAAAGCUGUUGAUGAGAUUCUGAGUAUCGUGACGCAGAGGUUCCAAAAGUUUUGGCUGCAAAGUGACCUGAUAUUUAUGUUGCUCGGUCAUAAGAGGCGUCAUGAUAAGUUUGUGAAAAUUGUCAAUGAUAUGUCUAAUAUGGUAAUACAAAGAAAGAAAACAUUGCGUAACAAUGGCGAAUCGUAUACCUCAGACACAAAAUACAAGCCCUUCUUGGAUCUUCUUCUGGAGUUAUCAGAAGAUAACGCGUUAACUGACAAGGAGAUCAGAGAAGAGGUAGAUACUGCUAUCGUCACCGGUUUCGACACGUCAUCGAGUUUGCUUAGUUACAUCAUGAUACUGUUGGGCACACAUCCUGAAGUUCAGGAUAGGAUAUAUCAAGAAAUCAAAGAAAUCUUCACGACGGAUCGAGACGUGGAGAAGGAAGAUCUUCAGAAGCUAGUUUACACAGAGGCGGUCAUCAAGGAGGGCCUGCGUAUCUUCACUACAGGACCUGUCACUUUGAGGAGUGUGGAUAAAGAUGUCAGACUUAAAAAUUAUACGAUGCGUGCCGGUAGUGAGUGCGUGAUUCUUCUGUUUGGGGCCCACCGAGACCCCGUGUGGGGGAAGGAUGCUGACAAAUUCAGGCCCGAAAGAUGGUUGGAUCCCAGCAUGCCCGCAAACCCUAGUGCUUUCGUCGGCUUUAGCUUAGGAAAACGAUCCUGCUUAGGUAAAACCUACGCCAUGAUAUCAAUGAAAACAUUCCUAGUCCAUUUCUUGAGGAGAUACAAAGUGACAGCCGAUGACAGCAAUCUCAAACUUCGAUUUGACUUCUUGUUGAAACCCGUAUCGGGUUAUGAAAUCACUUUAGAAGAACGAGUUUAAAAUUAAUUUAAUUAAAAACACAUUUUUCCACUAGUGGUUUUAUCCGCAUCCCGGGGGAAAUUUUCUGCGCACCUAGAUAAAAAGUAGCCUUUCUUGAUAAAUCAGCUAUCACUGAAAGAAUCUAACACUGAAAGAAUUUUUCAAACUGGUCCAGUAGUUCCUAAGAUUAGCGCGUUCAAGGAAAUUCUUCAGCUUUAUAAUAUUACUACACAAAGAUUAGUAGCUCUCUAAUUUAGUCUUAAGUAACUAUAAUAGAUAUUAAUAUAUGCAUUGGGAAUAAAAAUGUUAUGUUUGGUCUCAUUUGAGCUAUGUUUGUCUGUUUUUUAAGGCUGAUGACCUUUACGUUAAAAACAUGUCAUGACGCAGAUUUAACGACAUUUCGGCGUACCAAAAUGUCACACUAAACGUCACCAUUUAACUGUGCCUAACGAUAAUCGAACUAUUUUCAGUUGUCAAAUCGACGAUUUGGCCUAUGAGAGGCAAUUUUACAGCUAAUUAUGGUUUGGUUAUAGUAAUUUUUAAAUGGUUCAACUCACAGUCAUAAGCACAUCGCUGCACACCGGUGGGAUCUAGCCUUUGUAAUUGUUGUUGUGUAAAAAAAUUCAGACAAGUAGGUACCUAGGUAUUUAAUUUAAGAAAAGGGGAAGGUAAAAUUGUACCUACCUACAAAUACGAAACUUGAUCGAAAACCUAAUAGGAUGUUUUGUGAAAUAAAACAUAAUAUCUUCGAUAGCUAUCAGAGGAAUUGUAAUUAAGUAGGUAAAUACCAAAAUAUGUGUAAUUUGCAUACGACUGAUUUUCAUAAUAAAUA